AUUAAAAUGGCGACGAAAAAUUGAGAACGCGUUUGUGUGUCGACGUAGAAAUAAUAAAUAAAAUAAUAUUUACAAAAAGCUCAAAAUAACAAAACUAAAAACAAAAAAUAUUUAAGUAAAAAUAAAUUACAAAAAAAAUUAUCUCAUAUAUUUGUAAAGAGAGUGGGGUUGACCACAUGGUUAAUCAUCACACGACAAACCCCCCACAUAUAUACCACACACACAAUUACAGUUGCAAAAACAUCGCAAUACAAUUUUUUUUUUUUUUUCAUCACAAAAGUGUGGAGAGUAGAACCCAAAGUAAAUCGUAUGACCUGCAAAUAUUUACCAGUAUUUACGCAGUUUACGGAAGAGACUUGUUCAAGUGUCACAUGUUUAUCGAUUAUUAAUAUUUUUUAAUUUAAAUUAAUAAUUAUAACGUCAAUAAAUACUAAUUUUUAAUAAUUAUUAUCAACAAGCAUAUGUGUAGUAAAAUUUUUCCUUGACUCAUAAAUAUAAAUUCAAUAAAAACGUGAAGUAAAAAAUAAUAAUGGUAAAAUGAAUUGUCUAAAAAAAAUCAGGUGAAUGUAUGUAGUGGAGUUACUUUAACGGUACAUAAUAAGUUACCCUAGUCUAGAAGUGUUUAGAAUUUUAUUGUUGGAUUUUUUUUUUUUUUUUGUCUUUUUUUCCAACCUCCCUCGUGGAAUUGACAAAAAAAAUUACGAGAGACCACAAGACAGUGGUGGAACACUUGGUGUUUUGUGUUGAAAAAAAAGUUGGUUAAUUAUUUUAAAGGAUAAUUGUUUUGUGGGUGGACAAAAAUAUCAUGAAAAAAAUGACAAGGUGAUCUUGAAAUAAAACGAUAAAUAAAAAAUAUAUUUGUGAAAGGAUUUAGCACAAAUACGAUACAAAGAUAAAAAUAUUGGAAAAUAAAAUAUACAGAAUUUUAUAGUUAUUAUUGUGUUUAUUUAAAAAAUAAUAAUUAUGGAAAAAUUAGCUAAAAUUGGACACUAUUUUAAUUGGAUUAAAAAAAAUAAUAAAAAUCAUGAAAAAAAGGAUCAAAAAAUUAAUAAAACAAAAAAUUUUACUGAAUUUUUAAAGAGUAUAAUUUUGUGGGAAAAUUCAUCAAACAGUUUAUCUGUUAUUGUUACUUUCAACACUAUCUUUUGGGCAAUUGUUGUUUUAGAGGUCCAGCCUUUUGCAGCGGCCAGCAGUGCCGCGCUUGUCGGGAUCCUCACCUUCAGCUUCCUGGAAAUAAAUGUUGAACAACAACAAGAUAAUUCUGCUUUUACAAUACCACAACAAUCAAGUCGUGAACAAUUUGAUAAAAUAAUUAAUAAAAUAAAAUUAGGCAUUGAUAAUUUGAAAAAUUUACAAAAAAAACAACCAAGAAUUUUUUGCACUGGUGUUUGUAUUGUAUCAAUUUUAUUAUGGCUAAUUGGUCGUGCAAUAAAUGGUGUUCUUAUUGUCUAUGUAUUGUGCAUGUGUGUUUUCCUGGGACCAGCACUAUUACUCCGAAUUCCUAUCAAGUUACUCUCAACAAAAGAAUGGGAGACAGAAAUUGAUGAUUUUCUUCCAGCAGCAACUGAAGACAAUUUGGAAGUUUUAAAAAGAGCUGGUGAAACUGGUGAUCAAUCACCAACAUCACAAAGUAAUUCACAAGAUUUUCAAAAUGAUGCUUUUAAUGACGAUGAGCUCAAUGAACUAAAAAUGCCAUCUCAUGAUGAUGGCAGUACAGAUGGACUUGAAUUAUCUGAUCAUGAAUUUGGUGAUACUGAUGUUGAUGGUAUUAAAAUAAAAAGUGGACAUUUUGAACGUUGUUCAUCGUCAUCAGAUGAUGAUGCUGAACUUGAACCACAAGACAGUGUUAAUAGCCACAGUUGUGAUGAUGAAAGUGAUAGUGAAUUUGAAAUUAUUGAUUCACAUGAAAUUGAUUCAAAUGAUAUUAUUAAUUCAAAUAUUAAUAAGGUCUGAGAUAAAAUUAUUAUUUAUCUAUUAAUUUGAUAUUAUAAAUUAUUUAUUAUCAAGUAUAAUGUUUAUUAUUUAAAUAUUAUUUUUUUCUUUGGUGCUCUUAGAUGACCCUUUCUUAAUAAGUUUUUUUGUUUUUUAAUUUUUUGAUAAUUUGUCAGUGCUAUUGACUUGUUUUCUUUCAAGUUAAGCUUGAAGAAUGUAAUAUUUAUAAUUUUACAUUAUUAAUCUAUUGUAAAAUGCGUCUUCAUUCGUUUUUUUUUUGUUAAUUAUUUUUUUAAUUAAAAAGAAAAAUGUUAUCUUAAAUUUAUUUGCUUUGUAAAUUGACAAUUAUUAAAUCACUUUUUUUUGUACUUUGUUUUUACAACCCUGGUGAUUAUUUUCCAUCUUGAUUAAAAAGAAAAUAUAUUUAUCUAAAAUAAACAAAAUUUUAUUUUGUUUUGUAAUUUGAUUGAUUGAAUUUUUUUUUUUUUUUUAUGUUCAACAAGGCCUAUUGAUUUAUUAAAUUAAAACAAUUUCAACAAUAUCUACUUUGUAUAAUAAAUAAAUAUUUCAAAAACAUGUAAAAAUAAAAAAUAACAAUAUUAUUUCAAUAAGAAAAAUUUAUUUAUUUAUACAUGUGUAUUUUUUUUCGAAAUAAAUGUUAUUUAAGUCGUAUUAUCGUAUGAUCAUUUUAAUAUCACAAAUAUAAAAAAAAACAAACAAAUAUGUAAAAGAGAUAUGAAAACUUUUAAAAUGUAAUUUUUGAACAAAAACAUACAUAUAUUAUAUAAAAAAAAAAAAUAAAUAAAAAUCAAUUUAUGUGUAAUUAGUUUCUGUAAUUAAUUUUUAUUAUUGAGUCAUUUGUUGCGUUUUUCGAUUGAGAAUUAUCAACAUUUAGGACUUUAUUUUUUGGGACUUUUACUAUUUUUAAAUUUCUCUUUUUGACUAGUUUGACUGUUACUCUUCUGUCUCCAAAGUUAUAGAAAUAAUAGGACUCGCACCUUUACUUUUUUUUGUUCUUUUUUUACAUUAAAAAAAUUGAUAAAAUAUUUAGAAUCAAUACUAUUCAGAUCAUCACUCGCAAAAUCCAUUUUGAAUAUUAAAUUAGCUACCUUAAUUAUUUCAUGUUUUGCAAAAAUUCAAAUGUUCUUUCUAAAAAUAAGAUUU